CUUCAAUCAUCGGAUCCAUUCGGCUAAGGGUCCCAAAAAGUCUUCCUAGCGAAAAGGUCACUCAACAAACAAACGGAAUCUAAGAUCCACCGAACCUUGUUCAGCGAAAUCAGAAAUUGUCCACAAACCUAACUCCCGUAAUCUUGUAUAAUCCGAAUCUCCUCUUUUUGGUAAUAAGAUCUCUGUAAUAAAAUCUCUCUUCGUCUCUUGCCUUUGCUCGGUUUCAGAAAUUUUGUCGUAGAACGAUCCUUUGUUGAACGAUUGUGUCCUAUCGCUGGCGAUGGAAGCUGUGUCGGAUCACGCCACUAGUAUAUGCACUCACUGUGACCGGGCUAUUCCUGCUGCAAAUAUUGAUUUGCAUCAUGCUCAUUGCUCCCGGAACCUUCAAAAAUGCAAAAUUUGCGGUGAUAUGGUUCCCAGAAAGAAUGCAGAGGAUCACUAUUUAAGCACCCAUGCACCGGUUUCCUGUUCAUUAUGCAGUGAAACAAUGGAGCGUGAUAUUUUAGAUAUCCAUAAAGGUGAAAACUGUCCUCAAAGGAUUGUCACUUGCGAGUUCUGUGAGUUUCCAUUGCCAGCAAUUGAUCUAGCUGAGCACCAGGAAGUAUGUGGGAAUCGAACAGAGCAUUGUCACUUUUGUAACAAAUAUGUCAGACUUCGUGAAAGAUUCAGUCAUGAAGCUCGAUGCAAUGGCAUCCAAGAUAGUUCUGUGGGCUCUUCAAGGGAUAUGAGGGAUGCUGAGACAGAGAGAGAGGAAGGUGCUCCAAGAAGGCAGCAGCAGAAUGAGUUCUCAACUAAACGUCUUCUUUUCACAAUAGCCAUCACUGGUAUUGCAGUCAUACUGGGAUCUUUUUUCCUGCAGAGAAAGGCAGAGCCCAAUGAUGUGCAUUAGCAUGCAAAAAAGCCAACUAUUUUAGGAUCCUGCAAAUCUGCGUAGUCUGUAUAACCCAUUCCCCUGCAUCAGAAGUCGUAUAAUUACCGGCAUUGUCAUUAUAUAUAAACAUAUAUAUUUAGUUAUAUACUUCAUUGAAAAUAACUAGUUCUGCAUUUGAUGCAAAUCUUUGAAAGUUGUAGGAAAUUUUCUGUUCCUUUUUUUAUUUGUUCUGAUACGGUAAUAUCUAGACAUUGAACACUGCGUAGAAUUCUGUUAAAGUCCUUGACCGUGUGUUAUUUUUGUAUCAUGAUCGUUAAAGCAUUU